GGACGCCACUAGCGCGCGUGCGCGCUCCGUCGGUGCAGCUGGUGUGCGUGCGUGAGUGGGAGGUGGCAGUCCUCAGACUCCGGCCUUCUCCGCUGCGGCUCCAACGCUCCGUCUCCCGCCAUGAACCGGUUUGGUACCCGGUUGGUGGGCGCCACGGCGACCUCGUUGUUGCCGCCGAAAACCCACAGCAAUGAAAACCUCGACAAAAUUGAUAUGUCUUUGGAUGAUAUCAUCAAGUUGAAUCGAAGGGAAGGAAAGAAGCAGAAUUUUCCGAGACUAAAUAGAAGACUCCAGCAAAGUGGUGCUCGGCAAUUCAGGAUGAGAGUACGAUGGGGAAUCCAACAGAAUUCUGGUUUUGGUAAAAAUAGUCUGAGCCGUAGAGGAAGAGUAAUGCCUGGAAAGAGACGUCCUUAUGGAAUUAUCACUGGCAUUGCAGCUAGGAAAGCAACUGGAAUUCGAAAAGGAAUUAGUCCUAUGAAUCGACCACCUCUAAGUGAUAAGAAUGUAGAACGAUAUUUUCCAGCAUUAAAGAGGAAGGCAAACCUUCUGAGACAAAAUGAAGUGCAGAGAAAACCAGUUGGAGUUCUCAAGAGACCUAACCAGUUAAAUAGAAAAAAUAACAUCCCAGCCAAUUUUACCAGGAGUGGAAAUAAAUUAAGUCAUCAGAAAGACACUCGUCAGGCAACUUUUCUUUUCAGAAGAGGCCUGAAGGUUCAGGCCCAGUUGAACACAGAACAACUGCUAGACGAUGUAGUAGCAAAGAGAACUCGUCAAUGGCGGACUUCGACAACAAAUGGAGGCAUUUUGACCGUAUCCAUUGACAAUCCUGGAGCAGUGCAGUGCCCAGUAACUCAGAAACCACGAUUAACUCGUACUGCUGUACCGUCAUUCUUGACAAAACGGGAGCAGUCUGAUGUAAAGAAAGUCCCUAAAGGUGUCCCCCUGCAAUUUGACAUAAAUAGUGUUGGGAAACAGACAGGGAUGACUUUGAAUGAGCGAUUUGGGAUCCUGAAGGAACAAAGAGCCACUCUCACAUUCAACAAAGGAGGAAGCCGCUUUGUAACCGUGGGAUAGAUUCCAUGUCAACGGGACUUUUGAGUGAUGACUCUGUUUUAAAAGUUGAAUUGCUUUGAGUCCAUCACAGAAAUUCAAGAAACUUUAUUUCAAAAGAUUCACAAAGCUAAAUAACUCUUUUUAUUUUUGAAGUUUUUGGUUUUUUUUAAACAUGUAUAAAUAAUGCCCUGAAAGAAUAACAGGGGAUAUACCUAUCUGUUCUUAAAAAUGUCAUGGUUGGCCCAGACAGAACAAUUCUCUAUUGAACUUCUUUGGUUCCUCAUGCAGCAUAGAAAAGAUGGAAAGAUAGAAAUUGAUUAUUUUUAUUAUAGUGAUAUUUAGGAUUUCAUUGCCUUUGCCCAUUUUUUACUUUGCCCUGGUAAAUCUUGGUCUUUGGAAAUAUGAGUAGGUCCCUGUGUUGCUGCCACUUACCCCUUAAUAGUGUCGAUGUAACAAGUACAGUUGACUUUUCUUCACAGAAAUAUAAAAAAAAUUAUUAGAAUUCCAGUUUGGGGUUUUAAGAUGUAUGGGACUAUCUGGAACUUGGUUCAUUUUUCAGAUAACUUAGGUUAAUUCUCCAGAGUUGUAAAUCCUUAAUGCUGAACUUUUAACAGAUGUGAAGCUAGGCACUAAUGUCAGUUUAAAAUGUUGGUGUUUGAAGGUAUAAAUGCAUGUUUACAAAGUUACCUGGUAGAGCCUUGGAGGAGAAGGUCCAAUGUAAAAUCUGACAGUUUUUGUUUAGUAAAUGAAAAAAGCAUGAGAGGAAGUAUCAGGUUGAAGACAGAUAACUGAGGUGAAAAACUUAAAAGCCCAGAUAAUAGGUAUAUUGUUAGGAUUUAGUAUGGUCUUGAAUCUAGUAUUCACAAUUCUUCAAAUGAUAUUUAGUAGAAUUGUAAUACUAAAAUGGAUUGAGUCCCUUAGAUAUUUUGAUAGCAAAAUUAACAGCCAUAAAAUCCUAGAGUUCCUUCUUAUUCAAAGAGUUAAAUUCUAUAAGCUUUUAGGCUGUGCUAAGUGAAACAGUAUACAGCCCCCUAAAUGAAAAUAUAUUGUCACAGGAAAAAAAUGCAAAAUGUAAUAGAGUUACAUUGUAACAUUGUUUUAUACCUUUCACUCUGAUAUCUUAUAUAAAGUUCAGGCAUUUAUGGUGAGAAAAGGGUUCCUCCCACUCUAUACUCUGGAGGGGUAGGAGGAAUUGUUUGUGCCAAACUAGUGCUGAGAGUCCUCAGAUGGUUGUAUGGUGUAAGUUAUGGUAAAAAUGCCAGAAUGCAGCAAAAUAUUCCAGCUACAAGUUACAAGUUUGGUCAUUUUGAAACUUAACCUUUUGGUUUGCUAUACUUUUAAAACAUCCAAGUAGGUAUUAGUUUCCCUAGAGUGUAUUAUUAAUGAUUUUCCUCAAAAAAAAAAAGUAAGCUACCGUUCCUGUCUGCCUUGCAUUGCAUUCUAGGCUUCAUUGUUGUCUCUCCUGCUCCUUGGGUUACUUGGUUUAUGCUAGCCACAUAAAGCUAUCAAUAACAGUUUCAUGCUUAUACCAAAGAAUUAAAUCUGAUCCUUAAUAUCUGGUAUUUCACCAGUAAGUCUACUGACAAAGGAUUAUUGGAAACUAGUCACACAAUUUGAAGACACUCUCUAGUCUCCUUAGGCCAAGGACUCAUUGCAAACAUUCUUGCAAGUAUGAUUGCUUAGAUUUGAUCCAAUAACUAUAUUUUAGACUGGUUUAGAAUUACUGGUAACUUACUUUAAAUCAAAGGACAAACAGCUGGGCACGAGUUUGCUGUCUUUAGAACAGUUUGUGAAAAUGUGGUAUAAAGAUGUUUGCAUUUUCUUGUUAUUUUAAAUAUUAUUGUACAGAGCUAUUAUUAAUGCCUUUUUGUUUUGAGAACCCUAAAAAUUGCCACAAAUAUUGACAUUAAUUGCGUCAAACGACAAAGUGUCUUUGGUAUAUUAAACUUUUGCUUUUCGUGCAUCUGUAAUUUCACUUUCUUUUUAAACAAAUUUUUGCCUUUGUUAAAAUUAACUUAAAAUUUUUGAGUGCUAACAUGUUGUAUAUAAACAAGACUAUGCUUUGUGGGAGGGAAAUUUCCUUUCUUGGAAUGUGGUUGUAGUCAUCCUUUUUUAGUUACAGUUUUGUUUUUUAAACAGGAUGCAACUUAAAAUUUCCUUUGCAUCAAGAUGUAUGCAAAACAUUGAUGCAGUGCAUCACAAAAUGAAAGUUUGUAUUUAAUGAGGAGAUGCUUUACACUGUACUUUUUGGUGUUUUUUGGAAAAGUACAUUUAGAUCUAUUCUGAAGCUGUUCGUUUUUAACAAAUAAAAUGUUACAGGUCUCAUGUUUAUUCUUA